GAGGCUGCGGCCGCUCGGGCCGGUGCCGCUCGGCUGCCCUCGCCGCUGGGGCGGGGGGAAAGUCCGGGGAACCGGGGGGGAGGCUCCAUGGCGCGGCGCUGAGGGACCCUUUUCCCUUCACGGAGCGGGGUCGCCGCCGCCCCGGGGCGAAAGGGGAAGGCGGGGGCCGGAGGCACCUCCCGCUUCCUGCGGCGGAGUUCCUGCCCAGGGCGCCGGCCCUCGCCGUGCCUGCGCCGGAUCGGGAAGGCGGCAGCCUGGACUUAAAAUGGCAGGAGAAGAUCCCUAUAUUAUGGGAGUGUCAGAUCCCCAAAUGUUUGCAAUGGACCAGUUCAUGGGAAUGAAUACAAUAUUUAAUAAUACAGGUUACAUCACUUCAGACUUACCACUACGAACAGCAGAUGGACCAUAUCUUCAAAUCAUUGAGCAGCCAAAACAGAGGGGUUUUCGAUUCCGAUACGUAUGCGAAGGGCCUUCACAUGGUGGACUUCCUGGUGCUUCCAGUGAAAAGAACAAAAAAUCAUUCCCUCAAGUCAAAAUUUGCAAUUAUGUUGGACCUGCAAAAGUAAUUGUCCAGUUAGUUACUAACGGGAAAUAUGUCCACUUGCAUGCUCACAGCUUGGUGGGUAAAUUUUGUGAAGAUGGAGUAUGCACAGUUAAUGCAGGACCUAAAGAUAUGGUUGUAGGGUUUGCAAACCUUGGAAUACUUCAUGUCACAAAGAAGAAGGUGUUUGAAACUCUGGAAACACGCAUGAUAGAUGCUUGCAAAAAAGGAUACAACCCAGGACUCUUGGUGCAUCCUGAACUUGGCUAUCUGCAGGCAGAAGGAUGUGGAGACAGACAGCUAACUGAACGAGAAAGAGAAAUUAUUCGUCAGGCAGCAGUACAGCAGACUAAAGAAAUGGAUCUCAGUGUGGUGCGUCUUAUGUUUACAGCCUUUCUCCCCGACAGCAAUGGCAGUUUCACACGGAAACUUGAUCCUGUUAUAUCAGAUGCAAUAUAUGACAGCAAAGCUCCCAAUGCCUCCAACUUAAAAAUUGUAAGAAUGGACAGAACAGCAGGGUGUGUAACAGGAGGGGAAGAGAUUUACCUUCUCUGUGACAAGGUUCAGAAAGAUGAUAUUCAAAUACGUUUCUAUGAGGAGGAUGAGAAUGGUGGUAUGUGGGAAGGCUUUGGAGACUUUUCUCCUACAGAUGUACAUAGGCAGUUUGCUAUUGUGUUUAAAACACCCAAGUAUCGAGAUGUCAACAUCACAAAGCCAGCCUCUGUAUUUGUACAACUGCGUCGGAAAUCUGAUCUGGAAACAAGUGAACCAAAGCCUUUUCUUUACUAUCCGGAAAUCAAAGAUAAAGAAGAAGUGCAAAGAAAACGACAGAAGCUCAUGCCAAACUUCUCAGAUGGCUACGGCGGAGGCAGCGGUGCAGGAGGAGGUGGCAUGUAUGGCGGGGGAGGCGGCGGUGCUGGCUCUGGGUUCAGUUAUCCUUCGUACGGUUACUCAGCUUUUGGAGGGAUGCAUUUCCACCCUGGCACAACAAAGUCCAAUGCUGGAAUGAAACAUGGCAACGGACUGUCAAAUUGCACAGCUGAAAAAGAUAGGAAGAGGUCUGAUAAACCAAGUGACAAAUGCAACAUGGUGCAUGACAUGAAAAUGGAAACUAUGGAGAGGAAUGAGUGCAGAACCUCUGGUGUUAAUGAGGAGAAGGAGGAGGAUGCUUCAUCCUGUAGAGGUGAAGUAAACGAAGCAGAUUGCAGGUGGCAAGAUGGUCCCUUCCUGGAGAAGGCAAUGCAGCUUGCCAAGCGCCAUUGCAAUGCUCUCUUUGAUUAUGCUAUAACUGGAGAUGUGAAGAUGCUGUUGGCUGUUCAGCGCCAUCUCACCGUUGUCCAGGAUGAUAACGGAGACAACGUCCUUCAUUUAGCAAUUAUCCACCUUCAUACAGAACUGGUUAAAAACCUCUUGGACGUGAUCCCAGAUUUGAAUUAUAACGACAUUAUCAACAUGAGGAAUGACCUUUAUCAGACCCCCUUGCACCUGGCAGUAAUCACAAAGCAGGCAGAGGUGGUGGAAGACUUGCUGAAGGCUGGAGCAGAUGUCAGCCUUCUGGAUCGCCACGGUAAUUCUGCCCUGCAUUUAGCUGCUGCUGAAGGAGACGACAAGAUUUUGAGUCUACUCCUCAAGCAUAAGAAGAUACCUUCGAUGGUCGACCUUUUCAAUGGUGAAGGUCUCUGUGCAAUUCACAUGGUGGUGAUGGCAAACAGCAUGUCCUGUCUCAAACAACUGAUUGCUGCUGGAGUUAAUGUCAAUGCUCAGGAACAAAAAUCUGGACGAACUGCAUUGCAUUUAGCUGUUGAACUAGAGAACAUCCCCUUGGCGGGCUACCUGUUGCUUGAGACUGAUGUAGAUGUGAACAGCACUACAUAUGAUGGGACAACACCUCUUCACAUAGCAGCUGGAAGGGGCUCUACAAAAUUGGCAGCAGUUCUCAAAGCAGCAGGUGCAGAUCCUCACAUUGAGAACUUUGAGCCACUGUUUGAUCUAGAGGAUAUGAAAGAUGAUGAUGAUGAAGGAAUAGUACCUGGGACAACACCACUGGAUAUGGCAUCCAAUUGUGAGGUGUACGACAUAUUAAAUGACAAGCCUUACAAACCAGCAGCAGCAGUUUCGAAGGACUUACUGACACAAGGACAUAUAAGAGAGCUGAAUGAAAGCAUCAAGAUGCAGCUUUGCAAAGUAUUAGAAGUACGUGACCCAAGCAAAAACUGGUUUACUCUAGCACAAAAGCUGGGUCUUGGCAUACUUUGUAACGCCUUCAGGUUGUGCCCUUCCCCAUCGAGAACUCUGCUAGAUAACUAUGAGGUUUCUGGUGGUACAAUUGAAGAGCUGAGUGCUGCUUUGAGACAGAUGGAUCACACGGAAGCCAUUGAAAUCAUUCAGAACGCACAAUCCAUCUCGCAAAGGCAGCCUCACCAGGAGGACAACACCGUAGAAGCUCUUCUUUCAUCAUCUCCGCCCACCUUUGCAAAGAGGGACACAGGUGAAGUUUAUAAUAGCAAAUUUCAAGACAAUGAAAGCACAUGCGACAGUGGUGUGGAGACCUCCUUCCGCAAACUGAGCUUUACUUACUCAGACUCUCUGAACAGCAAGUCAUCAAUAACACUCAGCAAAAUCAACCUCAGCUAUGGACAUGAAAGCUCAGUGCAAAGCAAUUAUAUAGCUAACUAGCAAUACUCAAUUAGCAAUAUGCAGAUACAAGAACAAACGUGACAUUUAGAAUUACACCGGCACCAUCCCAGCCAGAGGGAAGUAAAUUCACAACCAAAAACACUCUGAAGGAACCACACACGAACCUGAACCAAUGGGAACUUCAGUGUGCAACACCUGGCCAUUGCUUCCUUCCUCAAGUGCUUUUAAUUUUAUCCACUUAACAAGCCACAUACCAGAACCAGGGCUCUACUGCCACACCAAUACACAGGACCAGACACUGAAUGACUGACGGAGCUCUCCUGGCAUGUGAGGAUUUUCUUUUAUAGAUGAAAGUCACUCCUUGUUAAAGCAUAAUAGCAACUCACUUAACACAAAGAGGUAAGGCACACAGAGCAAUCAAAGGAUAGUUUCUAGCUGCUCCCUUCAUAAUUUUUGCAGCACACUUGUCUGAAAAAAACUCAUAGAACGACUGGCAAAGAAAAAUCAUGACUUCAAUUGCAGCAAUGACAACUCAGAGAGAAAAGAGAAUCCUAAAGCAAAGAAUCUUGUAUAGUUCAAAUAAUGUAUUUAAACCUAACUUUUGUGCCUCUUAUUCAAAAAAAAAAAAUUGUUUGGCAUUUUCCUACUUGUAAAUAGUUUUUUAUAUCAGUUCCUUUCAAAAAAAAGUGUGCUUUUUAAAAGCUUAUUUUUAUUUUACUUUUAUAAUAAAAACCCAAAAUGAAA